CUGUGUCUGCCUCUCAGGCUGCUGCUGCUGCUCACUGGGUGUGGCUACUGCCUGCCUUACUGGAGCUUCCAGCUGUGACUGUCUGUCAGCUUCCGCCCCAAAAGGGGACUGAGUUUGCGGAGACUGGGAGCUGGGGUGAGAGCAGCGGCACCAAGAGACCAGGGUGGCUUUUAGCGGGGCAGUGGGAGAGGAAAUAAGCCAUGUGAAGAAGCCCCUCCUUUACUACCACCAGCAGUUUUUCCUCUGAGCUGCUUUGAUUGUGAUUUUUCUUCCCUGGAUUGGUUCUUCCGUAGAUCGACUCUGCAGAGAGGCGCUCAAACUGCAGUUGAUCAGAUUACAAAGAGAGAAAGAGAGAGAGAUUCAUUGAGGGUAGAGGCUUGGGAGGGCAAGGGAACCGGGCUGUCAAAGCCAGAGAUCUGGGUCCACGAAGAACCUGCCGUAAGCUGGAGUUUGCCCAGUAGGGACUGUAAAACUGGCACCUUGCAUAAAUGCCUGCAGAACUCAAACAGGAUGAAGCAGCUCCAAGAAAAAUAAGGAACCACUUGAAACAGCCCUUUCCUGAGACUGGGUGGAGAAAGGAGCAAAGCCCCAGCAACCAGACCUCAAUAGCAAUGAUGCAAGAGCCUCAAGAGAUGGUGGAGGAGACUGUAACGGUGGAGGAAGAUCCAGGCACUCCCACUUCCCAUGUGUCUAUUGUGACUUCUGAAGAUGGAACCACAAGGAGGACUGAGACCAAGGUCACAAAAAUGGUCAAGACUGUCACCACUAGAACAGUGCGCCAGGUUCCACUGGGGCCUGAUGGCCUGCCUACCAUGGAUGGCUCAUCUCCCAUGGGUAGCUACACAGAUUCAAUAGACAGGAGGUAUAUGAAGAAUGGGGAGCGGUACAUCACGCCCCAGGCUUCAUCCACGUUAACCAGAUCUUAUAAUAGCUACAAUGAUUCUUACCCUGAUGGCCAUGAUGGGCAAUACCGCCCUUAUGUUGGCCAUGAUGGUUAUGGAGAGCUGCCUGAUAAUUAUGGCAGUUUAUCCCGUGGUGUCAACUACCGUCCUCGCUAUGCCUACGUUCCAGGAAACAGUUACCGACCAGAGGAUGGGAGUUUCACUUUGCCAAGUAGGCGGGAUAACUACGGUCCCGUGGCCCAACCCCAAGUGCCAACAGGCAGCAAUGUUGACUUGAAUCGCUCUCAGCCAGAACGUUUCCAGCCAGAGCCUUAUGGACUGGAGGAUGAUAACCGCAGCCUCGGGGUUGAUGACGAAGGGUAUGAACUGGAUCCAGAUUAUUCCACAGUGAACAGAAGGACAGCUGCAGGGGUGCCUGAGAGAGGGAGGCCUCACAAAGGAAGGGGCUACGAUGAUCCUAUUGAGACAGAGAUGGUUGACGAGAGAAUCCCCUACCUUCACGGUGGCUAUGCAGCACCAUUAGCACAGCCAGAGAGAGGGAGCAUGGCUAGCAUUGAUCGCCUGGGCAAACGCUCCCCCUCCAUUGACAGCAUCCGCAAAGACCCCAGGUGGCGAGAUCCUGACCUCCCUGAAGUGAUUGCAAUGCUCAGUCACCCCAUCGAUCCAGUCAAAUCCAAUGCAGCAGCGUACCUGCAGCACUUGUGCUACGAGAAUGAUAAAAUCAAGAAGGAUGUGAGGCAUCUCAAAGGGAUCCCUAUUUUGGUAGGCCUGCUAGAUCACCCAAAGCCAGAAGUCCAUCGCAAAGCUUGUGGGGCACUGAGAAACAUCUCCUAUGGGAAAGAUAAUGAGAACAAGGUGGCUAUAAAGAACUGUGACGGGAUCCCGGCCUUGAUCAGAUUAUUGCGAAAAACAAAUGACAUGGAAGUCAGAGAGCUCAUUACAGGCACGCUGUGGAACUUGUCAUCCUAUGAGCCCCUAAAGAUGGUGAUCAUUAACCAUGGUCUUCAGACAUUGACAAACGAGGUGAUUAUCCCCCAUUCUGGAUGGGAGAGUGAGCCAAACGAGGACUCCAAGCCUCGGGAUGCUGAGUGGACAACAGUCUUCAAGAACACAUCCGGCUGCUUACGGAAUGUAAGUUCAGAUGGAGCAGAAGCUCGCAGAAGACUGAGGGAAUGUGAUGGCUUGGUGGAUGCUCUCCUUCAUGCUCUACAGUCUGCAGUAGGCAAGAAGGAUACAGAUAACAAGUCUGUAGAGAACUGUGUGUGCAUCAUGAGGAACCUUUCAUAUCACGUCCACAAAGAGGUCCCAGGAGCUGACAAGUACCAAGAGCAAGAUGCAAAUCAGCCCAUGAGCACAGGAGGCUCUCAGAAGAAGAAGAAGGAUGACGCAGGCUGUUUUGGUGGGAAGAAAGCUAAAGAGGAGUGGUUCAAUCAAGGAAAGAAGAAUGGAGAUUUGGACAGAAACUUUGAUACACUUGAUUUGCCCAAACGGUCUGAAACGGCUAAAGGCUUUGAAUUGCUCUACCAGCCAGACGUGGUACGACUGUACCUCUCUAUCCUCACUGAAAGCCAGAAUUUCAACACUUUGGAAGCUGCAGCGGGGGCUUUGCAGAACCUCAGUGCUGGAAACUGGACAUGGUCUACAUACAUCCGUGCAACAGUACGAAAGGAGAGGGGCUUACCAGUCCUCGUGGAGCUUCUCCAGUCUGACUCGGACAAGGUUGUGAGGGCGGUGUCGAUUGCACUGAGGAAUCUCUCCAUGGACCGUCGCAACAAGGAUCUCAUAGGUAGUUAUGCCAUGGGUGAGCUGGUAAGAAAUUUGCCUAGUAGGCAGCAGAGAUCUGCUAAAAACCUGGAAGAGGAUACAGUGGUUGCAGUCCUGAAUACCAUCCAUGAAAUCAUUACUGACAGUUCAGAAAAUGCAAGGUCCCUGAUCCAGACCCAGGGCAUUCAGAAGCUAGUAACAAUCAGCAAAUCAAGCCAGUCCCCCCGGGAGACAAAGGCAGCAUCUCAUGUUCUUCAGAUGGUCUGGAGCUACAAAGAACUACGAAGCGUUCUGCAGAAAGAUGGGUGGAACAAAUCCCAUUUUCAGACUGUUUCUGCAACACCAAAGGGAUCCAAAGGUACUUCUGGCAAGUCUGGCUAUGAUGACAGCACUCUGCCAUUAGUGGAUAAAAGCCAAGAUAACGAGAAGGCUGGAAGUCGUGAUAUGAUACCUAUGGAUGAACUUGGUCCAGAUGGCUACUCCACCAUCGACCACCGGGACAAAGAGCGCAAGUACAAGACCAGUGAUAAUGUUGGGGACGCAUCAGAGAAAGAACCUUUAAAAAAUGACACAAAUAGGAAAAACAUUAACAGGAGUAACAGGGCUUCGGUGAAUCUGGUGGAUGCCCGUGACAUUAAACCCCAGCCUGUUGACUCCUGGGUCUAAUUUGCAUGCAUGGGCUAGAGUCCAACAACCUUUUUUUUUUUUUAAUCGAGGGGAAAAAUAUUUGAACCAACACAGAGGAUCUCAUAUAUCACCACUGCCAUUCAGAUUCAGAGGGCGCUGCAUCAUUGAACAGUCUGCAGAUUCUAGGAGGGUGUGGGGAGAAAACGCAGCCGACUGCCAUCAGCCAACCCUGGAGCACCAUGCCUUACAGCAAGACAAUUUGCUCUUUUAAAACUCAGUUAUAUUCCCAUCAGACAUAGCCGCCCCCUGCCCCCACCUCCCGCCCCCUCGAAGACGACAGACAAAGAAUCC